CCUUCCUUCUUUCUUUUUUUUUUUUACAUCCUUUUCUCCUCGUUAUUUUCAAAUGUACAAUAAUAACGUGGGGACAACACAAUUUUCCUCCAAUCCUUCUGGUGGUCUCAGACUGAACUUCAUUACUGUUGCUGACCAAACCAAGUUCGAAGAUCUCUUUAAAAGGGCAACUGCAACUACUGGUGGAAAACAAAUUAGUGCCAAUGCUGUUCGUGACCUUUUAACUCGUUCCAGACUUGACAAUGAUUCCUUGGCUAAAAUAUGGGAUUUGGCUUCUAUUGCAAAGACUCCUUAUUUGACCUUUCCUGAAUUUGCUGUUGCCAUGUAUUUGACAUCUACCAAAUUGACUGGCAAACCUAUUCCGAACCAAUUACCUUCUGAAAUAAGAGAAGAAACUGAAAUAGCAAUGGCAACUCUAGCUUCAACUGAAACCACUACUUCAACUUCUCAACUCAUCAAUACAAAUACAACUCCUCCUCCAGUACAACCUACAAGUUAUGGUAUUCCCCAGCAAGUUCCAAUGAUGACUGGCAUGCCACAACAACAACAACAACAACAACAACAACAAUCAAUUCAACAGCAAAUGCCAAUGAUGACUGGAUUCCAACCUCAGAUGCCAAUGAUGACAGGUGUACCUUCUCCCCAACCUCAAAUGCCAAUGCGUACUGGGUUUCCCAUACAACCUUAUCAACAACAACAACAACAACAACAAACUGGUUAUAUAAAUCAAGCACCUCUUCAAGCUCCUAUGACUACUGGUAUUGGAAGACCUAUUCAAACUAAUGUCAACAGAACUCGCGUGCAAAAUACUGACUUUGCUAACAAGAUGAUGCCCAAUCAAUCUAGUCGACACAAUCUUCUUGCCCCUGUUUUGGGUACCCAUCAACAAGAUGCUAUAUCAUGGAAAAUCAGUCCUGAAGAAAAACAACGAUAUCGUCAAAUCUUUCAAGCUUGGGAAACCUCUGGUACUGGAUAUUUGUCUGGUGAAGUAGCUCGUCAAGUAUUCUUACAAUCUCAAUUACAAGAAUCUGAUUUGAUGAAGAUAUGGAAUUUGGCUGAUAAAGAAAAUCGUGGUAGCUUGGAUGUAGAUGAGUUUGCUGUAGCAAUGCAUUUGGUUUAUCGAAAACUCAAUAACUUUGAUAUUCCAUCUGUUUUACCUGCUGAAUUGGCUCCUCCCUCAAGCGUUCUCAAAAAAUUCGUCAUUGGUCAUCGUUCAAAUCCUCCUCCAUUUACUCCCGCUACAGCAUCUCCUCCUCCUGCAAAUUAUCAAGAACAAAGACAAUCUAUCGGUGGUGGUGAUGAAUACGUAUCAAGUGCUGGUCGUAAAGGUCCAAGUCGUUUUAUGAGCUCUGCUCCUGAUCGUAGACCUACUUCAUAUGAAAGUGAUGAAGAUGAACAACAACAAGAUUCUGCAGCUUUGGAUGAACUACGCCUACAAAUCUCGACAACUAAGAAACGAUUAGCUGGAUUAACCAAACAACAAGACAAUCGUCGUUACUCCCCAUCAUCUUCAUCAACGACAAAUAGAUAUUCUGUGGAAGAACUCAAGGAAAAUAUCCGAAAAACUCAAGAUGAAUUAGGUCGCGCUUAUCGUGGAAACCCAUCGACAAACAAAUACUUUCAAAAUACGGAAACUCUUUUGGAUUUGUUGGAAACUCAAAAAUCACUUCAAGAAGAAAUACAAUAUUUAUGCAAUCGUGAUAUCCCAGUAUUAGCCCGUCAAUUACGCUCUUCUUGUGCGGAAUUACGCGAUGCCAAGGUUCGCUAUGGACGAAAGAAUGAUGGUGGGCAAGAUUACACUGCUUAUAUUCAACCUACUGGACCUGGGGGUACUACCACUGAAAGUGAUCGAGUACGAGCGAAAGCUAAAGCGAUGAUGGCUGCUCGAAAAAUUGGAACUGGAUCAAGCAAAGAUGCCGAUUAUGAAUUACGCCGUGCUGAAGAAGAAAAACAAACCUAUGAUCGAAUUGCUGAUGACGCUGAACGAGAUAUGGAAAGAAAUCGUGAUGCAUUGCGGGACAUUCGUGGUGACUUGCGUUAUUUGGAUCAACUUGUGGAAUCAAGUUCUGUAUUAGACAAGAAACGUUUUGAAAAAGGUCAAGAUAUGUCAUACGAAGUACGCAGAUUUAUUGAACAAUUAGAUCGUGAAGCUCCUUUAGGAUUCUCCCCUCCAUCUUCAUCAAUUAUUGUGAAUCGUCGUGAUCCAUCAUCUUCGUUUGCUCAGAAUCAAGUAGAACCAUCAUCGUCAUUAUCAUCAUCACCUAUUGUCAACUCCAAUUCUCCGUCUACUCGAACUGCUUCCAAACCUAGGACCGCUGAAGAAAUCAAAAAAGAGGCGGAACGACGUGUGCAAGAACGAUUGGAAAAUUUACGUGCAAAACGCGGCCAGACUUCAUCGCCUACAGUUAGAUCACCUCAACCAGUACCACAAGUGGAUCCUGAAGAACAAGCUGCUCAACAACGUUUACGACAAGCGGAACAGCUCGCUCAAGCUAAGCUUAAGGAAUCAGAACCUCGACAAGAAUCUCCUCUGCCUGUUACAAGGGAUUAUGAAGCUGAUCAACAACGACGACUAGUUGAACAACAACAACAGGAAGAAGCCUUGCGACAACAGGAAGAAGCUUUGCGACAACAGGAAGAAGCUUUGCGACAACAAGAGGAAGCUGAUCGACAACGUCGACUGGAUGAAGAAAAAGAUUUGGAACAGCGAAGACAAGCUAUCAUCAAGAAAGAAGAGGAACAACGUUUAGCUCGAAUGAAAGCCAUUGAAAAAGCUGAGGAAGAAGAACGUGCAGCUGCCGCAAAUAUUGAAGUGAUCCCUGAAGCAUCUAUCCCACCACCACCUCCUCCUCCACCACCACCAUCAUCAGCAGAAGCAGCUCCAACAGCAACCCUAGCAACAUCCUCGGCAGCAGCUCCAAUUCCAGCUACUCCAAUCGAAUCAACAAGCAGUUUAGAGGAUGCAUCAAUGAGUAGCAACAAUCCUUUUGCAAAAUUACAGCAACAGCGACAAAAUGAAUCAACAUCUAUUGGACAAACAGUUAAGGAAGAACCCAAGGAAGAACCCAAGGAAGAACCUACAAAGACUGCAGUUGCCGACAAACGUGUUAGUUACAAUCCUUUCGCUGCAUUCUCGGCAUUUUCCGCCACGAAGGGUCAUGACAAUGAUAGUGAUUCGGACGAUGAUGACGAUGGAUGGGAUGUUGUACAUCAAGAUGACUCUGAUGAAGAAUUCCCUGCUGCUGGUAGCGCAAAAAAUCUUGCUGGAAAACUUUUUGAUGCCAUGAGCCAACGCCAAAAUACUGGAUCACCAUCAGCAUCUUCCACGCCCUUUGAUUCUAUCCCUACAGCUAUUCCUCCAGCACCUCCAGCAGCUCCUCCAGCGCCUCCAGCAGCUCCUCCAGCACCAUCAGUAUCUCCUCCAAUGCCGCCAUCAGCUCCUCCAGCACCACCAGCACCCUCUCAGCCAUCUAAUUCCAGCAAUGACUCACCUGCACGGUCUGCAUUACUUGGCCAAAUUGUACAAGGAACUCGACUAAAGAAGACCGUCACCGUUGAUAAAAGCCAGACAAGUGGAUUAGGACGUGUAAUAGACAAUAACAAUACUAGCAGCGCUCCGAUUUCAGUAGAAAAUAAUCAUGCUUCUCAACAAAGCUUACCAACAAGUUCUUCUGAAACGGCAAUUGAACGAAAAGAAACUCCAUCAGGACCCUUGGCUAGUGCAGGCUUCUUGGCCGAGUUACAGAAACGAACAGGAUCGGAAACACCUAUGACUGCCACAGAAGCAUCCUCAGCAAUAUCUACAGGAGGUCUUGUCAACGAAGAAGUAGAAAUAGAAUAUAUGGCGUUAUGGGAUUAUCUAGGACAAGGGACCGAUGAUUUGAGCUUCCAAGCUAAUGAUAUUAUUUUGGUGAAGAAUGGUCUUGAAUCUGAUGAUUGGUGGUAUGGUACCUUGAAGAAAUCCAAGCAAUCGGGUUACUUCCCUCGUAACUAUGUCGAACGUGGUGAUAUUGGAUCAGACAAUCAACAUGAUCAAGAAUUGAUACCCAUAUCAAAUGGUGUGGCAUUGUAUGAUUAUAGUGGCCCUGAAGAUGAAGGAUGUUUGACUUUUGAAGCCGGUGCAAGAUUGACUAUUCUGGACAAAUCAAUGGGUGAUUGGUGGACUGCCUCUUUAGACAAUGGAAAACAGGGUCUUGUUCCUGCCAAUUAUAUUGAAGAAAACAAUAAUCAUUAGUAGUUUAGUUAUCCCUCACUAUUCCUUUUUAUAUAUUUCAAAUAAAGCUUGAUGAAUUGGGUGAUCACUUUUUUUUUUCUGACCAAUAUUGCAUAUCGAUGUCCCCUCAACGAUUUCUCUACCUUCAUCAAAACACUACCCUUCCAAAUCAUCCAUCGUCUUUCACUAUGAAUCUCCAUUCAUCCACCCUUAAAAGAAUGAUCCAACUGACGAUAAUACCGAAAAAAGAAAGAAAUGAUGAUAGAGUAAACCUCCUUACACUUUAUUCAAUAAUAA